UUUUCGCACGGGUGGCUUUCGACGUGGCUGAACUGUCCGAAGAGAUCCGACGUUCGGCUGAGAUGGCGGCGAAACAUCAAAAGGUGUGUGAUGGGCGAAUGUGUGAGGUGGCCGCCUGCGGGCCAGGCUAAAAUGAACAUGCACACACGCCGGCGGAGGGUCGGAAAAAAUGGGGAGGAGAUCGGGUCUGGAGAAGGAGGUUUGGGUCUGUCCAGCUAA